UGAUGUCUUUCAGGACAUCUAUUUCACCUGUCUGGUUCUUAGCCAAAACAUCAGUGCGGACCGGGGAGAGAAGACAAUGACGAGGAAGCUGCUCUAGACUAUUGAGCUGCAGCCCUGGUGCUGCUGUCAGUGGGUGCAGGGUGUCACCCAGCCUUUCCCUUACAGAAGCAGGGACGAUCAUGAGGGCGAAAGGAGCAGAGAUGCCGGGGAAAGACUGUGUCAAAGUGGCCGUACGCGUCAGACCCUUCAACAAGAGAGAGAGGGACGCGGGCGGCCGCUGCAUUAUCUCUAUGGCCUCCAGCACCAUCACCAUCCAGGACCCUCGGAACAGCCAGAGCCCACGCUCCUUCUGCUUUGACUAUGCCUACUGGUCCCACAGCGGCUUCACCAGAGACUGCUCUGGCCUGUACAUACCUGAGGAGCCUGGAGGACGAUAUGCUGACCAGGGUAGUGUUUUCCAGGACCUGGGGGAGGGGAUCCUGGAGAAUGCCCUUCAAGGUUAUAACGCCACCCUGCUAGCCUAUGGGCAGACUGGCUCAGGGAAGAGCUACUCCAUGGUAGGGUACGGACCCAACAAGGGCCUGGUGCCCACCCUCUCUGACAAACUGUUUCAGGCCAUCAAGGCCAACCAGGACAGCCGACAGUGCCAGGUCUUUUUCAGCAUGUUGGAAAUCUACAAUGAACAGGUAGUUGACCUGUUGUCACGGGGGUCUCGGUCUCCGGGGGGACUGCGUGUCCGAGAGGAGCAGCAGAGAGGCUUCUAUGUGGAGGGGCUUCGCAGGGUCCCCUGUGACAGCGCCCCACAGGUGGAGCAGCUGAUGGAGCAGGGGACGAGGAUGCGCACCACGGCCACCACACACAUGAACGCCAACAGCAGCCGCUCACACAUGCUCAUCAUCCUCCAGCUCAAACAGAUCUUCUCUGAGGAGAGCAUCACCAAGCAGUCUAACAUCAACCUGGUGGACCUGGCGGGCAGCGAGAGACAGCGGGUGUCAGGUUCCGAGGCCGACCGGCUCAAAGAGGGCACAGCCAUCAACCUCAGCCUCACCACCCUGGGCAACGUCAUCAGUGCCCUUGCUGAUGUAGCGGUAGGGAAGAAAGUAGUCCAUAUCCCAUAUAGAGACUCUGUCCUCACCAAGCUGCUGCAGUCUGCCCUGGGGGGGAACAGCCGUACUGUCAUGAUUGCAGCCCUGAGUCCAGCUGAUAUCUGCUAUGAAGAGUCUAUCUCAACCCUGCGAUAUGCAGAAAGGGCAAAGCGUAUUCAGAACCGUGCGGUGGUGAACGAGAGUCCCACGGAGCGCCUGGUGAAGGAGCUGAAGGCUGAGAACGCCAGGCUACUGCAGAGACUCAGCCGCCUAGGACAGGAGGGACGCAGGGCAGAGGACGAAACCAGUAGGAGAUGGAAGGAGGGAGGGCAGAGGAUGAAACCAUGGAGAUGGGGGGCUGUAUUUAUGUUGUUGUUGUUGUGUCCAGAGGAGCUGCGUCGGCUGUUGACCCAUAACGAGCUGCAGAUCAGAGCCAUCCAGACGCUCUGGGAACAACAUCUACAGGAGGCCUUGAAGGAUUGGGAGCAGCAGUAUGCGACUAUCACACAGGAGCGGAGGAUGAUGCAGAUGCAUCCCUACAUCCUGAACAUCAACGAGGAUACUCAGCUGUCAGGGGUGGUCAAGCUCUUCAUCCAGGAGGGUGAGUGGGAUAUAGGGCUCUCUGACUCUUCACCCAGGUCCAUCUCAAUCAGGGGCCUAGGGAUCCAGGACCGUCACGCUGUGUUCAGUAACGUCCAGCGUAGGGUGUACCUGACCCCACUGGCGGGGUCAAAUGUCAUUGUCAACGGAACACCCAUCUCCCAGAAGACCGAGCUGCAGCACCUGGACCGACUCAUCCUGGGUUCUAACAGCACCUACCUGUUCAUUGGCUACCCAUCUGAGAGGGGCGGGGAUGACUGGAGUCGCUAUGACUACGACUACUUCCAGUCUGAACUGGCAGCCGCUGAGGGCAUCAACCUCCACUCACUGUGUGAGGAGCAGACACAGGGUGACUCCAGUGCAGUCCCCAGUCAGACUGACCCCAGUCUCCUGGCUGUUUUCUAUGACUACAUCAAACUGAUGCCCAUGGUGGCUGAGGCCAACCAGAUGAGCCAGGAGCUACACAAGGGGGUGGAAUUUAAACUGGAGAUUAAGAACCUGGCGUUAUCAGACUCUAAAGGUCAUGACUUGGAGAAGGAGAUCGCUGUCAGAGUGACAUCACUGGAAAACAAACAGGUGUGGCUCUGGUCCAAGGCCAAGUUUGUGAACCGUAAGUUCCUGAUGGAGGAGUUGUAUCAGCAGCACCAUACGGAGCGGAAGGGAGAGGGGGCAGCCAGGGCGCCCAUGCCCAGAGACCGAGACCCUUUUUGGGAUCCGCUGGAGCCCCUGCUCUUGGGCAGCGCCCACCUCUGGCUGCAGUCUCUGGCUUUCCGUAUCGCACUGGAGGAACAGCUGGAGGUAUUGGGGUCAGAGGGCACUGAGGAGGCCAUACUGCAGGCCCAGCUUCUACCAUGCAGCCCUACAGGACUUACUCUGGGAGAGGAUGACAUCCUGAUCGACCCCUCUGAGCUACUGGGGAGACGGCUGGACUUCCAGCUGGUCCUGGAUCAGUGCUGUGGCCUGCGCUGGGUCCAACAGGCCAGGAACAGGGGCGUUCAGAUAGGGUUCAGGAUGUUCGACAGUGCCCAGCCCCUCUACACUCCGGCCGUGUGGCACAAUGUCAACCCCCUGCUGGACCAGCGGGUCCACUUCACCUCUCUGCAUACCUCCCAAGGCCUGCUAGAACACUUGCAGACCAGCGCCCUGGUGCUGGAGCUCUGGGGCCUACAGGAGGGAUGUAGAGACAUGGUGUCGUCUCUGGAGGGAGUGAGGAUGACUCCAGAGGGAUGCUUCAUCAUCGACCAGGCUGGCGCAACUGAGACAGCCACUACAGUGGACCCUGGCUCAGAGCUGAGCUGCUCUCUGAGGGCUCUACAGCAGGAUGUAGAGGAGCUGAGGAACACCAACGCUGCACUGAAGACCGAGAACAACACACUGAGGGAUCAGCUCAAUACAACUAAGACCGGAGCAGAGUGGGGUCGUGGUCGGUCAGAGAUGCGGGGCAGCAGUCUGCGGCCCAGCUGUGAUGCAGAGUUCGCCCGCGCCCUGAAGGUCUUCUACCACAGCAUGACCUCUGUCAGGGUUCAACUGCAGCGCCUGCGCAGGCACAGGCCCAGUGAGGAGUCAGAUCUCUUGGGGCUCAGGCUGUUUGUGGAUGAGCAGGGUGGUCUGCUGCGUGAUUUCUCAGAGCUACUGGAGCAGAGCGUCUCCUCUCUCAAACAGGAUGUGGCCGCCAUUGUACGACGCAAACGGGAACGCUCAGGAAUCUGGUCCUGACUCCCAUCCUCGUCUAGUCCUGAACGGAACAACUGGAACUCGCCAUCAAACUAAUGUAACGCCCAAUCCCAAAUUGACCCCUGGCCACAACCUCUAGGGCCAGGGCACUUCAUGUAGGUGUGAAAGGAUCUGAUAGGUAAAAACGUGCUGUACUUCCACCUUGCUGAAUGAUUGGCUGGGUGGGAGUUUCAACAUGUUGCUUUCAUAUUUUCAAUCCUUUCAGAUUUACACAAGUGCCAAGAGGAAAAGGGUCAGCUAGGUUUUUGAUCCUGUGUUUUAUCGUUGGGAUUAUAUAUUGGUCUCCCGUAAACGCUAAUGCUAACAAUACUAAUGUAGUGCAACUAGUGUUUGUGCGUUUACACUCCAUUACAUAUUGACGUUGUUGUAUUACCAGAAAUAUAGUUGUUUCACUGUAGAGAUCAUCUCUGACAAUUCUGGGCCCGUAUUCAUGAAGUGUCUGAGUGCUGAUCUAGAAUCAGGUUCCCUGUCUAUAUAAUUAUGAUUUUUAAAAAUGUUUUAUUUCACCUUUAUUUAACCAGGUAGGCAAGUUGAGAACACGUUCUCAUUUACAACUGCGACCUGGCCAAGAUAAAGCAAAGCAGUUCGACACAUACAACAACAGAGUUACACAUGGAAUAAACAAACAUAUAAUCAAUAAUACAGUAGAAAAAUCUAUAUACAGCAUGUGCAAAUGAGGUAGGAUAAGAGAGGUAAGGCAAUAAAUAGGCCAUGGUGGCGAAGUAAUUACAAUAUAGCAAUUAAACACUGAAAUGGUAGAAUGUGCAGAAGAUGUGCAAGUAGAGAUACUGGGGUGCAAAGGAGCAAGAUAAAUACAGUAUGGGGAUGAGGUAGAUUGGAUGGGCUUUUUACAGAUGAGCUAUGUACAGGUGCAGUGAUCUGUGAGCUGCUCUGACAGCUGGUGCUUAAAGCUAGUGAGGGAGGUAAGAGUCUCCAGCUUUAGUGAUUUUUGCAGUUCGUUCCAGUCAAUGCCACCAGAGAACUGGAAGGAGAGGUGGCCAAAGGAGGAAUUGGCUUUGGGGGUGACCAGUGAGAUAUACCUGCUGGAGCACGUGGGUGGGUGCUGCUAUGGUGACCAGUGAGCUGAGAUAAGGCGGGGCUUUACCUAGCAGAGUCUUGUAGAUGACCUGGAGCCAGUGGGUUUGGCGACAAGUAUAAAGCGAGUGCCAGCCAAUGAGAGCGUACAGGUCGCAAUGGUGGGUAGUAUAUGGGGCUUUGGUGACAAAACGGAUGGCACUGUGAUAGACUACAUCCAAUUUGUUGAGUAGAGUGUUGGAGGCUAUUUUGUAAAUGACAUCGCCGAAGUUGAGAAUCGGUAGGUUUUACAAGGGUAUGUUUGGCAGCAUGAGUGAAGGAUGCUUUGUUGCAAAAUGGGAAGCCGAUUCUAGAUUUCAUUUUGGACUAGAGAUGUUUAAUGUGAGUCUGGAAGGAGAGUUUACAGUCUAACCAGACACCUAGGUAUUUGUAUUUGUCAACAUAUUCUAAGUCAGAACCGUACAGAGUAGUGAUGCUGGAUGGGCGGGCAGGUGCGGGCAGCGAUGGGUUGAAGAGCAUGUAUUUGGUUUUAGAAUAGAAUAGAAUAGAUAUUGGUCUGUAGCAGUUUGGGUCUAGAGUGUCUCCCUUAUGAAGAGGGGGAUGACCGCAGCAGCUUUCCAAUCUUUGGGGAUCUCAGAUGAUACGAAAGAUAGGUUGAACAGGCUAGUAAUAGGGGUUGCAACAAUUUUGGCAGAUCAUUUUAGAAAGAGAGGGUCCAGAUUGUCGGAUGUUUUGUAGGGGGAGGAGAAUUGGGGGAGGUUUGGGCGAGUUGCUUUGGGGAGUGCAGGGCUGUUAACCGGAGUAGGGGUAGCCAGGUGGAAAGCAUGGCCAGCCGUAGAAAAAUACUUAUUGAAAUUCUCAAUUAUAGUGGAUUUAUCUGUGGGCAACUGGGAGGAGGUGCUCUUAUUCUCCAUGGACUUUACAGUGUCCCAUAACUUUUUUUGAGUUUGUUCUACAGGAUGUAAAUUUCUGCUUGAAAAAGCUAGACUUAGCUUUCCAAACAGCCUGUGUAUAUUUUUUCCUAACUUCCCUGAAAAGUUGCAUAUCACGGGGGCUAUUCGAUGCUAAUGCAGAACGCCACAGGAUGUUUUUGUGCUGGUCAAGGGCAGUCAGGUCUGGAGAGAACCAAGGGCUGUAUCGGUUUCUGGUUCAACAUUUUUUUUGGAUGGGGCAUGCUUAUUUAAGAUGGUGAGGAAGGCACUUUAAAAGAAUAACCAGGCAUCCUCUACUGACCGGAUGAGGUCUAUAUCCUUCCAGGAUACCCGGGCCAGGUCGAUUAGAAAGGCCUGCUGGCUGAAGUGUUUUAGGGAGCGUUUGACAGUGGUGAGGGGUGGUCGUUUGACCGCAGACCCAUUACGGAUGCAGGCAAUGAGGCAGUGAUCGCUGAGAUCUUGGUUGAAAACAGCAGAGGUGUAUUUGGAGGGCAAGUUGGUUAGGGUGAUAUCUAUGAGGGUGCCCAUGUUUACAGAUUUGGGUUUGUACCUGGUGGGUUCAUUGAUAAUUUGUGUGAGAUUGAGGGCAUCAAGCUUAGAUUGUAGGAUGGCCGGGGUGUUAAGCAUGUCACAGUUUAGGUCACCUAGCAGCACGAGCUCUGAAGAUAGAUGGGGGGCAAUCAAUUCACAUAUGGAGUCCAGGGCACAGCUGAGGGCAGAGGGUGGUCUAUAGCAAGCGGCAACAGUGAGAGACUUGUUUCUGGAAAGAUGGAUUUUUAAAAGUAGAAGUUUGAAUUGUUUGGGUACAGACCUGGAUAGUAAAACAGAACUCUGCAGGUUCUCUCUGCAGUAGAUUGCAACACCGCCCCCUUUAGCAGUUCUAUUUUGUCGGAAAAUGUUAUAGUUUGGGAUGGAAAUUUCAGGUUUUUUGGUGGACUUCCUAAGCCAGAAUUCAAACACGGCUAGGACAUCCGGGUUGGCAGAGUGUGCUAAAGCAGUGAAUUAAACAAACCGAGGAGGCUUCUAACGUUAACAUGCAUGAAACAUGCAUCUAGAGGGGGAAGCUGGUCCUAGGUCAGCACUCCUAUUCUGAGAUGCUUUUAGGAUACGGGCCCAGAUCAACAUCUGAGAGGUUUAGUAACUUCUUUAUUUCAGUUUUGAAAAAAAUUGAAAUGAAUACAGAGACAAUCAAUCCAUUUCAAUGUAAUAAUUGGAAAUAUCUUUAUUGAUACAGAUUCAAAUGUAGAAAA